GAGGAAGGGAGGGUGGAGAGAGGGGAGGGAGGAAGGCAGGCGAGAGAAGGGGAGCUGCUUGGAGCCCGUACUUCCCAGAGUCAGCCAGCCAGGAGCGUGCACUCCGCGGCUCUCUGGGUCCCAGCCGCACCCCGCUGCCCCGCACCUCCUCCUGCUCCUCUCCGGGUACCCCUCGCCCCCUCGCUCCAGAAGCUACUACGCUCGGGCAGCAGCCGCCCCCAGCCCCUCGUCGUCCACAUCCCCAGCUCUCUGGGUUCACUCCUGGGACGCGCUCCUCGCCCCAUCCUUUCUUCCUUCCUUCCUUCCCUUGCGUCCGCCCGCUUGCCCUCCCUCUUCAGGUUUCCCUCCCGGGUCCCGAUUGUCUCCGUCCCCUUCUCUGUCCGCCGGCGCCUCGCCCUGCCCCGUCUCUCGCUCGCACUUCCUGAGUCGCCCGCCGCCGUAGUCUCGCAGCGCCGCAGGAGCCGGAGCCGAGCCGCGCCGCCGCUGCCCCGGCUCCAGCCCCCGCAGCCCCCCGCGCCCGGGGAAGGGAAAAGUGGGCGAGCGCGUCCUCGCCCAGCCCCGCGUCCCAGCCCUGCCCGGCGAGGGAGGACCGGGAAGAUGAACAACGGCGGCAAAGCCGAGAAAGAGAACACCCCGAACGAGGCCAACCUUCAGGAGGAAGAGGUCCGGACUCUCUUUGUCAGUGGUCUCCCUCUGGAUAUCAAACCUCGGGAGCUGUAUCUGCUUUUCAGACCAUUUAAGGGCUACGAGGGUUCUCUUAUAAAGCUCACAUCUAAGCAGCCCGUAGGUUUUGUCAGUUUUGACAGUCGUUCAGAAGCAGAAGCUGCAAAGAAUGCUUUGAAUGGCAUCCGCUUCGAUCCUGAAAUUCCGCAAACACUACGACUAGAGUUUGCUAAGGCAAACACGAAGAUGGCCAAGAACAAGCUAGUAGGGACUCCAAACCCUAGUACUCCUCUGCCCAACACUGUACCUCAGUUCAUUGCCAGAGAGCCAUAUGAGCUCACAGUGCCUGCACUUUACCCCAGUAGCCCUGAAGUGUGGGCCCCGUACCCUCUGUACCCAGCGGAGUUAGCGCCUGCUCUACCUCCUCCUGCUUUCACCUAUCCCGCUUCACUGCAUGCCCAGGUAAUUUAUACCCAGCGGCCACGACUUCACUCACUCCACCACCAGUCCUUUCAAACCUGGUUCCCCAGAGCACACCAUACAACUAACACCUAUCCAGCUAACAGAUCCACCUUCAAGAGAUUACUGAUUCCCUCUAAAUCAAGCUGACACUCCUCCGGGACUCAUGAGGACCAUCUGACAGCAAUGAUAUCACCCACUGCCUGAUGUUUGCCCGAAACAACACCUCUCUCUUCCUUAAUGAUCUCACCCUCAUAUCACACACGAGAGACCGGGCCCGGUGACCUCCCCAGCUCCCAGCCGGCUAGUGGGCGUCGCCCGAGCGUAGACCUGUGUGCCUUGUGUGGACGGGCUGCAGCGGGAGGCGUGCACUUGUCACAGGGCCUACGUGUGUGUGUGUGUUUCUGUGUGUUGAGGGAUUUCCACUCUCGUGUUCUGUGAGAUCCAGUGACAGAGGGGAAAGUUGGGAGGACUGUGUGCUAUCAUACGCAUGUUAAAGAAAAGGUAAGGGUUCCUUUUUUCCAGUUUUAAGAGACCCUGCAGGAUAGAAGUUACAGUAUAGUGUCUUAAAUGUAAUCAUAGGUCAAGAUAGAGGUCUCUCUUCUGACCAGCUUGCUUUCUUAGUUAAGAAUAGCCUGAGUUUUCUAAACAAACUCCCUUGUGUCUUCACAAAGAUUACUGUCUACGUACCAAUCCUUUCUCCUCCCUUGGGAAAAAAAGUUUCUGUUAGCUUUACUUUUAGUACAAGAAGUAGUAAUCAGUGUGAAGAUUCAGAGUGAUGGUCAGUAGCGAAAAAAAGGAAAAGAAAGGCAGUGUAGCUUUCAUUUGUCUGACUGCAAGUGUAAUUCCUGGAAGCAGGAAAACCUGGUUUUGAUAAGUUGUCAUCCUGGAAAGGUGGUAGUUUUGUUUGUUUUGCUUAGUGUUUAUUUACAAGUCUGGAUGAAAUAAAUAGCUUCCCAGAAAACUCUUAAAACUCUCUGGCUUAAAACUCUUGUAUGUUGUACAGAACUUACUGUGUUAUAUAAGACACCUGCAGGCAGCCCCAGCGAGCAUUCUCGCAGGCUGUGGGGUCAGUUGUGGUGUUAGCUGGACACCCGUCCAUUCCGUUUCAGCUGAGUUGUCAGUGCUCCGUGUGUGCACGGACAGCUCAGCUUCCCGGGCACCAUGCAGGCAGACUACAGAGAGAAGGCCUUGGUGCCUGGGCCCCGAAGUGAUUACCCUCGGUGUUGGGAGAAGUGGGUAGAAAGUAGUACCAGCAGUGGAGGAAAACGUAGGUGGUGGUGGUGAGAGUUCUUGGCACAGAAAACAGAGCAGCAGGGUUCUUCUGAGGCUGAUCACCCAGUUUCUAGAUUCACUGUGCUUUUUGCUUUCCUUCCCUGCUGCUUUUCCCACCUUUGUCCAUGUCAGCGUGUGGUUACCCUUGCAGGUAGCAGGGGAGGGAGGAGAGAGAGUAAACCUGCAGGUACCCUCGUCUGAGGUCUCAGAAUGUUCGUAGUGGCCUCAGAGAUAACUCUGUAGAUGCUGUGGAGCAGCUCAAAAAGUCCCGUCUGUUGUGGCCCAGCCUCGCCAUCUGUGGGCAUGUGAUCCACCUCUUCCUCUUCCUGGACUGCCUAGAUACAGAUCAGUUGACAUUUGAGACAAAUGUUCAUAAUACCAUGAAAUGGUGCCAAGUUGGCAUAAUCGUCUAAAUAUCCAUGGCUUUGGUUAAUCAGCAGCAAAGCCUUUCACCAUUGCCCUGAAGAGGCAAGAAUUGACAAUGGCCAGAAAGGACCGGCAAUGGUGGCUUUUGGCCGUGACAUCUGGGUAAUUUGCCCUUGCUUCAUUCAUAUUACGGAUGAAAUCAAAAGUCAUUCUGGGGAAUAUGGUGGGAGAAGGAGCUGAAAAGUCUUAAGAGAUUAGAAAGCCCAGGCCAUUUGUGAGAAUGGAUGGUGAGAGACAGUGCCAAGAUUAGAUGGACUCAACCAUUAUGCCUUAAUGGGAUGGACUGCCCAUGGUAGCACCCUCCCUGUGUGCUCAUCUUUGAUUGUGAGACUUCCCAGCCUGGAAUCCACUUGGCACCGCCACGUCGGUCCUAGAGUUGGUGGGACUCUCAUCUUACCAGUGAGAUCCUUGUGCUCAACCCCACUUCUUGUUUGGGGUCAUUCCCAGUGCAAGCUUGGGUUCUGUAUCCUAAAGACUGGUGAACAAAUAUGGUUACUUAAAUGUCUUUGUUCAAUAUGAGAAUCAUAGAAUGAACUGGGAGAGGCUUUACAGAUCAGCUGGUCUGA